AUGUUCCGUCUCCCGUCUCUGCCGUCGCUGCCGUCUUUACCGUCUCGACUCCGGCCAACUCUCCUAUCUCAUCCUCCGAUACGACAUGCAGUGAGACGAUCAAGCGAAUGGGCCAAGGCCAAGGCGGCCGUUGACGAGCAAGUCGAGGCCUGGAAGCGCAAACACGGGGACAGGAGAACACUGCUCGUCGUCUAUCACUCACGAACGGGCGGGGCGGCGCAGAUGGCUGCCGAAGCCGUGCGGGGCGCCCUCGAGGGUCUCGAACGCACCGAGGAGGUUCCAGACCUGCAAGCGUGCUGGCAGACGACGGAGUUCCGCGCCCCCGCAGCGUUCGCGGGGCCAGCCUCGGCGUCCACAGGGCCGAAUCCCGACUCGGGCAACUCAUCAGCGACCCGUCCGGAUAUCUCUGCAACAUCAAAGUCGGGAGAGAUUUCCGGCCCCGCGGGUUCCGACCCGUCCUCUUCGUCCUCUUCAGCCUCCUCGGGCGCCUCGUCGUCUUCCGAGACAGACUCUGCAGCCACUGAGAGUUCCGAGACUGACGAGGAGGGGCACGUAGAUAUCAGAGUCUUGCCCGCACCGCUUGCCGGCCCCGUGGACCUCCUCACGGCCAGUGGAUAUCUCUUCGUGUGUCCCGAGAACCUCGCAGCUAUGUCUGGGCCAAUGAAAGACUUCUUCGACCGGUGCUUCUACCCCGUGCUGAAUCGUUUGAACGGGCGGCCGUACCAGGCUCUCAUCUGCGCCGGGUCGGACGGAGCGGGCGCGGCCAGGCAGCUCGAGAGGAUAGCCACGGGCUGGCGCCUGAAGAAUGUCGAGGAAACAGUCAUCGCCAAUGUCAAGGCCCAGUCUGAGGAGCGGGUGUACGCCAUCAAGGACGUCAGCGAGGAGGACAAGGGGAAGUGCAGAGAGGCCGGCAUGAGAAUAGCGGUCGGGCUCAGUGUGGGCAUGUUCUAG